AUAAUAAUGUGCAUUAAAUUACCAAAAGUAAAAAGUCGUCCACUGUUUCCACCCUUUUGGUUCUCUCUUUUGCUUUAUUUUGCCUCUCUUCUUCAAAUUUCAAAAAUCAAUCAUCGGCACCGCCUACCGCCAUGGGUUGUGUAUCUUCCAAUUUGCUAAACAACGAGGACGACUUCACUCAACUCGGCAGCUCAGCACUCGGUCACCACAUUGUCUCCCUCACCUCCACCACUUAUGGUCUCCUCAAUCUUGAUCCACCGCCGCAGUCCUCUGUCACCACUCCUCCAACUCCACCCGCUCGCUUCACCCUCGGCUCCAUCUUCCCUAGCCCUCUAUGCGAGCCUAAGUCUCUCUGGUCCGAACCCAGGCCUCUCCGCUCCGAUUGCCCAGAAACCAUCAAUUCUUGGGAGCUCAUGUCUGGCCUGGACGCCGAUAGCUUCCGAUUUUCUCCCAUUAUCAAGAAAGAUGAGAGUCCUUUAACCGACAAAGAAAACUCAAAUCCUAAUUUCAGCUUCAGUGCUUUGAAGUCGUUGAAAGACAGCAGUUUUGCCUCAAAAGAAAAUUCGCAUUCGCUAGAUAGAUUUGAAAAGUUGUGUCCGCCAAAUGGGGAAAACAGAGUUGUGAUCUACACGACCACGUUGAGAGGCAUAAGAAAAACAUUCGAAGCGUGCAACGUUGUUCGCACAGCAAUUGAAGGAUUUGGGGUCGUAAUUUGCGAGAGAGACGUGUCAAUGGAUCGUGGAUUUAGAGAGGAGUUAAGGGAGUUGAUGGGGGAGAAAGAAAGAGAAGCAACGUUGCUGCCAAGAGUAUUCGUGAAGGGAAGGUACGUAGGUGGAGUGGAGGAUGUGAUGAGGAUAAUGGAGGAAGGGUGGAUGGGAGAGCUGCUACAGGGUUUGCCAAAGAAGAGAGUAGGAGAUGUGUGCGAUGGGUGUGGAGAUGUGAGGUUCCUGCCCUGUUUUUCUUGCAAUGGAAGCUCCAAAAUGGUGAUGGUGGUGAAGGAUGAUUUCGGACAGAAGCAAGGGAGAACGAUGGCGGUCAGAUGUCCUGAUUGCAAUGAAAAUGGUUUGGUGCUCUGCCCCAUUUGCGCCUGAAGCUUUUUUUUUUUUUUUUUUUUU